AUGGCCUUCCAACAGCAGCAACCCCAGCUUAAACGGCAGGCCYCCGCGCCCCGCCAACAACAGCCCGAGCUACAGGUUCCCCAGUCACCGUCGAGAGAGCGGGCGAUAGAGGAGUCGCAGGAAUGGAUCUUAUUCCAACCGCAAAAUGACGUGCAAUCGCUAUCAACGUCACGAACGCCGCGCACCGCCACCCAACCGUCCAACUUUGGCUCAUUGGAGACGCAUGUGCGCUCGCAGCCGCAGGGCAGCCAGGACAACGAUGAUAGCGGUACAUGUUUAGGGACAGACUUUGAUGAAGAGGGCGCCGAACUGGACAGUCUGGACGAUGGACUGCUCGCUUUCCACAACCCUUUCUCUCCCUCAUCGACUAAUCUCGAUCAGAGCGGCGGUGCAGUACUACCCACUCAUGAUGGCCUCGGAACCUUCUUCCCAUCCUCAGCAGGUCUGCAGGAACAACUGUGGCAGUUUGAGCGACACAAUCCGCACAACAGGCGCAGCAGUAGGCAACAUCGCCGGCGGAGCAGCGUGCAGAAGCGCCUCGAUGCUCUAGAGACGGAGCAAGAUUACGUGAGAGAUGACGAACGAACUGCGCGGAUCGAAAAGUGGCGAUUAGACCAAAGUCGGGCGGUGCUGGAAGAGAUUGAGAGGGAAACAAGGCGGCAACGCAGGCGCAUGAGUAGGAUGAGCAAUGGCACGGAAGCGCGACCUGCACUGGAUCAGUCGGCGCUGGAGAAGAUCUUGACACGCCAGGACUCUGCUGUGCUGGACGAUGCUCCCAAGGACGAGCAACCCCAAGGCGAGUCUUUCUGGAGGAGGAUCACACGCAAAGUCAUCCAAGACCUUAUUGGGCUGAAUGAUACCACAUUGUCGGUCAUCUUUGGCGAGCAGCUGGUGGAAGAUGAGUCGCCUACACCCAAGCAACCAUCACCAAUCGCGGCAGCAGCGUCGCGUGAAUCACGGGUCUCUUUUCACGACUCCGAGCCAAAUUGGGAGUCAAAGCUUGUUGACCGAAUAGCCCGCGAACUUGGUAUCCUCGUUCACCAGCUCGCUGAGUACGACGGCUCAGCCUUCAACACCUACAAACAGAACGAAGGGCAGCACAUCGAAUAUUCUCCUCUUCCGCGCGAUAUUCCACAUCAGCCAUCUCUUCGCCAACGUAGAAGGAAUGAGAAAGCGCGCGCUGAGAACGAUGGACUUCCUGAAGGCCUCUUCACGCCAACCGUACCGCAAGCGCCUCUUACACCUGCGACAGAGCCCACAGAUACAUCACUGUGGGGUAUCGAGGAGGAGCCGGAACCAACCAACGAUGAGGAUGCCUCCCGUCAACAAAAGGAGCGCGAGUACUGGGAGAGGAAUGUCGAUGUGAAGAUGGUCUUUACUUAUCUCAAGAACCGGUUGUCUGGAACCGAAACACCCGCACUCUUGCCAUCCGAGUCGAGUAUUCUCCCAGCAUCGUGGGCUACUGCUGGGCCCUCAACGGCCACUCCAGACAGCGUUCGUCGGGCAGAAGUGAUUCGUCGACAACAUCCUCUCGUCUCCCGCGCCGCCGAUCGCGCCGCAGAAGCCAGCCGCAAACGCGAAAGUCUCCUCAGACGACACCAAGCAUCCCUCGUGCAGAAGCGAUCGGGAGACAGCUCUUGCGCCAGCCAAAGUACGAAGCGUAGUCGGCAUAGUCGUAGUGGUAGCUCAAGGCAUUACUGGGAUCUCGGCGGAGCCGGCGAAGGCCCGAGUCUCGGCAGUGUGGCCAGUGGGCCCGGUAUGAGUAGUGGUCUCGGCGGCUGGGGAGAAGUGUGA